CAGUAUCAUUUCCACUGGUGGCGGAGUGGGGUCUGGCUCGUCUCUGUUGGUUUCCUCUCGGUUCUGCCGCUUUCCCCGUCGCGUCCUUUCGCUCGGUGGUUGUUUCGUUCAGCAGCGACUGGGACAACACAGGAGCCACCCGGUGGAUAGGAUACCCGGCUGCCCAGUGGAUCCAGGAGCAUCGGCGCUCGCCGAUCUCCUCAGCUAAUCGGAUUCGGGCCGAGGAUCCUCCGAGACCGCGACUGUCGUCCGUCAUCAUCGAUGAUCCACCGUCGCUCGCGCGGUGUGUUUACCAGUUUGGUGGAUGUUGCCCACAGUGAAGCACCGUGCACCGUGUAGCCCGCGAUCGUCGUUCUCGCCUGGUAUCAGUGAAUCUCUUCGGGCGAAGGAACACCGACUCGCCGCCGAUCGGUACGGAGAGAGAAAGAGAGAAUGAGACGAGGGACGGAAGCAGAGGCCGAAGCUGCCAGCCGCGAAUUGGGUUACGUCCCGUUCGCCUGGCGACGAUAUAUGACGCAACGGCCACCCUUCGCGAGUACCAGCGGUCCUCGUAAUCUUCUUGUGUCGCUUUAACUGCGACAGGACACUCUCUCUCUCUCUCUCUCGCCCCGUCCCGUCCCAUCUCGUCUCGACUCGUCUCUCGUCGAUCGAGCAGUGUCGCUUGUUGUCACUUGGGACACACGCGGAAAUAAUCAGCCGCGGUGUGCGCUCUCCGUGCAUGCGAUCAGCUAUCCCCGCCCCGUCGCGUCCACUCGAUUGCGCAGCCAGUUUUGGAGGUUAGCCGAUCACGAUUGAGAAACUCGAACGAAAGCGACACCCACCGAGCGAGCCAGCCGGAUCAGCUGUUUCCCCAGGACGACCUUUUCGCCGCUACCCCGGCUGUCCAAAUGCCAGUCCAUCGCGCGAGCCACACGAAAACCACCGACUCCGGAGCUGCUUUCCACGAGCGUGAACGGAGGCAGGACGAUGUUGUCGUACAUGUUGCCGACGGAAGACAAGCCGCCACCGGGAGACUCGAAUCAGGCGAGCCAUCGCGUUAGUAAGCUGCCGAAGAGCCCGAGAGAACGUCCUCAUCUGGCCUCGAAGUCGGCGAUCACCGUUUCCCCAAGGAGUCGCCCGGACACCGUCAAAACCAUGAUUGUCCCGACGAAGAUCGAGGAGCACGCAUCCCCGAUCAGCGAACAACGCCAACAGCAACAGCAGCAGCAGCAGCAGAACAAUCAGCAGCAACAAGGGCUGCCGACCAUCGAGAGCCCCAAGCACAACGGCACCGUGGUCAAGAAGUCGACGCUGCACACCUCCAAGGUCACCAAAGACGACAGCCUCUACAGCAUCAACAGCGACGCCAGCACCGUCGGCAGCGACCGAAAGAACAAACUGUUCAACGGCGCCAAGCACACUAGUCUGAAAAGAGUUUCCUUCGGUUCGAGCAAAGGAUCGAUGGUUGAAACUCUGGUAUACGAGACACCAGUUCAAGAAGAACCGGAAAUCAAUCGUUUCCUGGACCACAACGGACUCGUACCCUCUAUGAUCGUACCUGUACCCGAUACCGACGAAGGUAGGGAAAUGGUACGCGUGUCGUUGCUAGGGCCACAACCUUCACCGACAACGCCCGGCGUAUUUCAGGUGCAGCCUAUCGCGAUAUCGAGGACUCAGCCGAUCGACAUGGACACCGUUCCGGCGGAACUCCUGACCACGCACACCGAGCACACGGCUCCCGCCUACCACACGCAAAUAAGCACGGACAGCGGCUGGGAUAAUCCGUUCAGACCGGACGGCGACCUUUCGAGGGAGGCCGACGAGAUAGUGGAAUUGAUAAAAGGUGGGAAACCCAUCACGCCGACCCCUGGCCAAACCGCCCCGCCGUUGCCAAGAUGCGAGACUGACGGUGGAAACGCGCAGACCACCCUCGACCACGACUCGAGUUCCAGCCCCCUGCUGAAGUCCUCCGCGAACUCCACCAGCCGACGCCCGAACUCGUCGCCGAAACCCGGCCAGGAGAACGGGAAUGCUCACAGCACCCCAAUCAAAACCGGCACCGCGAACAACCAGCAGCCUGUCAACGAUAAGGUUGCAGCGUCGAGGGCAGCGACCGUGGAAGUGGCUAGAAUGACGGCGCAGGGACCAGGCGACGCUUCGCAGGUCGAACACGUCACCCUGAAGAAGAAGCCUAAAUGUAAAUGUUGUGUUCUGCAGUAAUUAGAAGAGAGCCGAGCGAGAUCGAACGAGCAGAAGGAUGCCCGAGCCACCGGAUGAUCGUUGUUCGUCUUCUCUUCGACGACCAGUUCUCGGUUCCGCGAUGCCUGAACGGUUUCCGACCGGGUUCGAAGCGGGUCGUCGGCUCGCCGUGGAACAGGACCAGGAUUCUCUCGUCCGGGAACCGCGCGGGUUCCCCAACAAGUAGGGAGUGAAGAGAGAGAGAGACCGUGACGCGCGGCCAUUCGAACGCUUAUCUCGCGCGAAAACUGCGGCGCAGCGCGCGUUCGUUCGCUUUCCCGAGUUCGCAGCUCGUGAAACCGAUUUCGCGACCAUGUGUCGCCAUAGGUCGCCGACGGGAGAACAGGAUGGGAGAGAUAUCCUGGCCAGGAUUUCGGCCGCGGCCCGAACGUGGAAGAUACCUGAACGAGCGAAAAGCACCGAGCCUCUUUGAUAGCCUUUCAGAGACAAUUGAGUGUCCAUAAAGUACAUAGACUAUGAAUGGAGAGAAUUAAAAAAAAAAACAAAUAUAUAUAUAUAUAAAAAUAUAUAUAUACAUACACAAUAUAUAUAUAUAUAUAUUAUAAAUACAAAAAAUAUACAUAAAACUAUAUUGUAGAUACAGAAAUGGUAGUUGUAUAGCUUAUAUGCUUUUACUAUUGUGGUUAAUUACUGUCAAAAUUAUCAUCGUGGUUUCAAGAAAUGUAUAAACGAACGACUAUUUGACGAGCGAGCGUGACAGAGACGGUCGGGAUUGCGCAAGAACGAUGUUCGGAGACUCUAACCGGGUCUGUCGACGAAUAUAAACAAAAGCAAAGAGAGACGAAAGAAGCUAUUAUUAUCACUUCGUUGGACAUCGAUAUAUUAAUACUACGAUAGGUUGAUAGAUUCUCGUUUUUACUAAACAAAACAAAAAAGGAAGAAAAUGAAAAAUGAAAAAACGAACAAAGAAAACGACCGGAAACCUCUUCUAUAUAUGUAUAUGUACAUGCGACUUUUACGAAAGAUUUUUUAAACCAUCGCGUAGCACGUGCGCUAAUCAAAAAAACGAAAAAAAAAAGAAAGAAGAAAAACAGAAGGUACUACACUUGUAUCGUGACGAUGAUCGUGAUGAGAAAAAACCGGACGAAUGGGAAAUGGGGCGGACGAUGAAUAUAGAAUGUCGGCGUAUUUUUUCUUGUCAAGAGCAAACACAGACGUAUGAUUUCUCUCGGUGGAUGUGUAUUAUCUUAUUCGCAAUCGCUUCACACGGACACGGAAGAUUCGUUUGGUCGGCGUUGAUUUCGACGUCUCGCGAGCGCUGUGCGAGGGGCCGGAGGGGGAAGGAUCGAAACGUCGGAACGUCGAAUCGUCGAGUAAUUGAUUCAGGAUCGUCGCGUCGUCCUACGACAGAAUCUGUAAAUAAUCGUGAUAUUUUUUCGAAGCGUGUGUGCGAUGAUUGUCGUCGACGCGGUUGCGAGCGUGAUUUCGCUGUUCAAGCACAAACAAACUUGACGCGUUCGAUAACAGAAAAGCGGGAAGAUUUCUUGGUGGCGGACGUUUGUUAAUUUCUCAUUCGACGAAACGCUCUUUAUUCGUUCGUUUUUAACCGACGUACGUGUCCUCGUUUCUACGUGUCUCACUUCGCAGCUUUUAACCCGUUUUUAUCCUAUUUAACCUUGUGUACGCGCGCACGUACGUUUCGAGGUGUGUGCAUCGACGACGACGACGACGACGACCAUGACGACGACGACGAUGACGAUGACAAUGACAACAGAGAGAUCGAGAAUCGCGAGCUGGUCGAACCAACGAAAGUUCGCUGUUCGUCGAUGGGGAAACCGUUGAUCGGUUCCACGCAUAAUUAUUACGUGUAAGAAAGUCGAGGGAUCCCGUUUUGCCGAACCGCAACCGCAGCCGCUCGAGCACUGCCUAGCACGAUGCCUGAGAAAUUCAAAAAACGGGGCGGGGACUGUCUUUUUCUCGCCCGCGCAAACAAACAUGUUCGAGACGAUCGAACUCGUGUGUUCAUGACCGUAAAUCGUACGCAUAGACUGUGUAAACGAUUAUAGAUUUUCAAUUUUUAUCCGACAGAAAGCAAAACUUUCUCCAGAAAUAGUUUCAAUCCGGUGAAAAUAGACCGAGCGAGAAAUCGACCAAAAAGAGAAAGAAAAGAAAAAACGAGAAAAAAGAAUUUUAAUCAAAGAUUUAUUCGUGAAAAGUCGCGACCGAUUUAAUCGACCUCUAGCAAUUGUAAAUAUUAUAAUCGUUGAACUGUUAAUUUUUAAUCGAAAUUGAAUGGAAAUUCUAUUCGACGUACGCUUCUAGUGCAUUAGAGAAUUAUUUUUACGUAUUUAAACGAUUGUACAUUCAGAUAUUUAUUUCACGGCGACGAGAAUUUUUAACGGAUCAACUCGUUCAAAUUGCGACGCAUGUCAGUUGGAUGCGAAAAUUGUAAUCGACAGUUGUACUAAAAGGAUUGCCCGACACUGGAAAAUUUGCAUGAUCGUUCGAACUCGACCGAAAGAAAGGUGGUUUCUUUAUGCGUACGAGUCCGAUUCUCGCCCAUUGAAAAUUCAUGUUAUCGCGUAUUCGACCGAGGAAACAUUGUGUUUUGCGACGAGCGGAGGACGGUUCGCGAUUAGGUUUGUGAGGGGGGGGGGUGAAUUGUGUGUGCGUGGCUGCGUGUCUGCCUGCGCGAGUGCCUGUAUUUUUUUAAUGCACAUAUCCGCGUAUUUUUCCUAGAUCGCCCGGGGCAAACAGAUAUUUAUGAAACGCUGCGGCACAGUGGCGUUAGAACGGCUGGAACGACAGAGAGAGACUGAAUGAGAGAGAGUGUGUGUAUGUGUGUGUGUGUGUCAGUGCGUGUGUGAUCGAAAGGGAGAAAGAGAGAGAGAGAGAGAGAGAGAGAGAGAGAGAGAAGCAAGAGCGACAGAAAAUGAACAUAAGAUUUCCUUUAUUUUCAUUCAUUGUACGCAGUCGCAGUGUAUGUAAGGAGAACAGAGUGUAAUAUAAAAUUGUAAGUAAUAGGAGAGAUCCUGAAUAAUUUACUCGCGUCCUCGCAGAUGUAUGUAUUCCGGAAUGGACAUCGAUGUUUCCGAAGAAGAAAAAGAAGAAGAAGAAAUGAAACCGAUAGAGUGUAUACAAUGUCACGCGAAACAACGUGCACACACACCGCGCACGCACGAAAACAUGCAGACGCAGAGAGACGCGGCCUGUCCAACUCUUUCGCUUGGUAUUUCCUAAGAAAGUGAUAAUAAAAAGACUUUGCGGAAA